AUGAAUUAUAGACCACCGGUAUCAUACUUUUUCGGCAUCAUAGAAAUUGGCCAGGUCCCAGAGGAGGAUUCAUGUACGUCUAUCUCCCGUACCCACUUGCAGUGCUACUGAAAUCUGAUCCUCUCUUCUUUCCUUCUCACUUGAGGGACCUUCCGCUCGGAACAACUAAUCUGAAACUCUUAAAGACCCUCUGGAUUUUGCUUCAUUUUCUUUUAAUUGAUAAUGGCUUUGUUUACUGAUGGAUUCUUGUUCAUGGUAUCUGUGAAUCCAAGGAAAAGAAUUUUCUUUUCUAUUUUCAAUUUCUAGUAUUAAUAUCUUUCUGAUCAAUGGUCUGGAGAUGGGAGAUUGGUUGCUCAGAUUAUGCAGAUAAGAGAGUUCUUAUCUUCUUAUGGGGCCAUUUUUGGAUUGCUGUUAGAGCUUCUGCAGUUUCAGUAAGAUGGUAUGCUUAAAAUUUCUUUAAAAGGUUCCUUGACAAACGAGUCAAAUUUGUGGGAUUACUGCUUCAAAUUUCAUCAUCUUGCAGGGUUAAGUUUGGGGCCUUACGUAUCUAUUUCCUCAAAAGCUUUUUUAUUUCGGGUUUUGAUUUGGCUCUCCUAUGUGGCUUCCUGAAACUGAUUUUAGCUUCAUUAGUGGUUAAGGUUUUCCUUCUUCGGAGUCUUGGAUUCAAGAGAAGAGAUUCAGAAAGAUUCUAGGAAACUUUACGUGGAUCUAUGAUUUGAAUUUGUGAUGGGUAGCAAGUCUAAGACAAUUGUUUGGUUUAGGAGGGAUCUCAGAAUUGAAGAUAACCCAGCAGUAGCUACGGCUGCUAGAGAAGGCUCCGUUCUGCCUGUUUUUAUCUGGUGCCCUAGAGAAGAAGGCCAGUUCUACCCCGGCCGAGUUUCAAGGUGGUGGUUGAAGCAGUCUCUUGCCCACCUGGAUCAGUCCCUGAAAUCUCUUGGGGCUCCACUUGUGCUGGUCAAAGCUGAGAGCACUCUUGCUGCUCUUUUGCGGUGUAUCGAGGCUGUUGGGGCGACCAAAGUAGUUUAUAACCAUCUCUAUGAUCCUGUUUCCCUUUCCCGGGAUAAUAGCGUCAAACAGAAUCUGGUAGACUUAGGAAUUUCUGUGCAAAGCUUUAAUGGAGAUUUGUUGUAUGAACCAUGGGAGGUGCACGAUGAUAAGAGACAUGCUUUUACAACCUUCAAUGCAUUCUGGAAUAGGUGCUUGCUUGGACCAACUGAACCUGCUUUGCUUCUUCCUCCAUGGAAGUUGGUGCCAUCUGCAGGGAAAGUUGAAAGCAAUUCACUUGAAGAGCUGGGUCUUGAAGAUGAAUCUGAAAAAUCUAGCAAUGCCUUGCUGGGAAGAGCAUGGUCUCCAGGCUGGAGCAAUGCAAAUAAAGCUCUAAUUGAUUUUAUUGAUCAUCAUCUACUUAACUACUCAAGAAACAGGACCAAGGUGGAGGGAGACUCCACAUCACUUUUGUCACCAUAUCUACAUUUUGGGGAACUAAGUGUGAGAAAAGUCUACCAGUGUGUACGGAUGAAAGAAAUACUGUGGGCAAAAGAAGGGAACUCUAUUGGAGAAAAGAGUGUAAAGAUUUUUCUCAGGACCAUUGGCCUCAGAGAAUACUCACGGUACAUUUGUUUCAACUUUCCAUUUACACAUGAGAGGUCAUUGCUUGGAAACUUGAGAUAUUUUCCUUGGCGUGAUGACCAGGGUGACUUUAAGGCUUGGAGACAGGGUCGAACUGGUUAUCCAUUGGUGGAUGCUGGAAUGAGAGAGCUUUGGGCGACAGGAUGGAUACACAACAAGAUUAGAGUGAUUGUUGCUAGUUUCUUUGUUAAGUUCCUGCUGCUGCCAUGGAGAUGGGGGAUGAAGUACUUCUGGGACACAUUAUUGGAUGCUGACCUGGAAAGUGACAUCCUAGGUUGGCAGUAUAUCUCAGGCAGCUUACCUGAUGGCCAUGAACUUGACCGUCUAGACAGUCCAGAGGUUCAAGGCUUCAAAUUUGAUCCAGAUGGUGAAUAUGUGAGGCAUUGGCUUCCUGAGCUGGCAAGAAUGCCGACUGAAUGGAUACAUCAUCCUUGGAAUGCUCCAGCAUCAGUUCUCAAAGCUGCAGGGAUGGAGUUGGGUUUGAACUAUCCGAAGCCUAUAAUCCCAAUAGAUUUGGCAAGACAGCGUUUGAUGGAUGCUUUAUCCGCGAUGCAGGAAUCAGAAGCAGUUGCAAGGACUGCAAAUUCUGAUGGAACAAUAGAAGUUGUUGUUGACAACUCUGAUGCUAUUGAAAAUUUGGCAAUUCCAAGGGUUGUAAUCAAGGAAAAAUCUCCAUACAGUAUCAGUUCUUCUCAUGAUCUGAAGGUUCCUUCAUUUCAUACAUUCAACAAGGAUUCUAAUGAGCGGAAGAGGACAAAAUACUGGGAAGAUGAAAGACCAGUUCAGCAGCAUUUACACUAUGACAACCAUGGAGCUGAGACCUUGAUAAGAGAUGAAGAAGACUUUUGCUCCACAGCUGAAUCUUCUUUAGCUAAGAAACGACGCACCAGUGCAAUUCAAUUCUCUGCUCCGCAAUCAUGUUCCUCUUUGUAUGGACCACCUGAUCCAACACAGCGGAGGCAUAGGAGGUUGUUGACUGAACUAAUCUUAAAUGCACCAGAAACAGAAAGUAUUGAUCCUUGAGGAAAAGAAUUAGUGGGUGAAUGUAUGUAUAAUAUACAUUUAAGUGCUUGAUAAAAACUUUAUGUUCCUUUAGCUUGUAAGGUAUAAACAAGUUUCUCACGCUGAUGCAAAUAUGUACUAAGGAGAGCACACGGUCAAUGUGCUUACAAAGUGAUAGUAUUUAAUUAUCUGUAA